UAAUCCUUGUCUGUCACUAUUGUUCGUCUAUUUCCACCAAUGUUGUUCUUUUUUUUUUCCUUAUUUUGUUUUGGUAGAUGAGAUUGAAGUUGUAGAUGGCAAAGAAAUUGACCCGGAGAUUGUGCCGACGGCGAUGAUGAGGAGGAUGGCGUGACAAUGUUGAGUGGUGUAACAAUAGUGGGGGUUAUCCUAUUCAAAUGGUGGUGGUUCGUUAUCCACAUGUACAUUUUGAUCGAUCCCGGGGUCAUAUAUCUUUGGGGACACUCAUGCUUAGAAUGUUCACACAGUUUCACAAUUUCAUGGAGAUUAAAUAUCUUCCAGUGGUUUCACCCUCAGAACAUCAUAAGGAAAGCGCUAUUGGGUUCGCUGAAAAGCGGCUGAUUCUGGACAGGUAUACCUGCUUUUUGUCAUGCAUGCAAGAAUUUAGAACUUUUUUAUAUGAUUUUUUUUUUUACUGUUUGAAGGAAAAUCCAUUGCUCUUUGUAUAUUAGAGAGAUAUAAUUUCUUUGUUAAGUUGUCUUUCAGUGUAUUUAAGCAUCUAUUUAAUGUCUGAUUUAGUUCAUCUCACAUCUCAGUAUAUCUAUUUGCAGAUCUUGAUGUUCUUAACGAAGUAAAACAUAAGCUUUAUCUUGGGUCUAUUAGUUUGAGGCAUAGUUGU